CGAACGGUUGUCGUUGUUAAAGCACCGAACGCACUUUGCAAAGCGUUCUACCGCCAUCAUGGUUGCUUCAGCAGGCUCGAAGAAGCGUAAGGCUGUUACUCGAGAUGUGGAGGAGGAAGCUGGCACCUUCUCCGGAGACGAAUUGGCUGGAGAUUUGAACGGCGCGCUGUCGGGCAGCGCCAAUGAUCUUUCGAGCGACGAGGACGAUUCUGAGGUUGAAUUGGUCGACGAAUUCAGCAGUGACGAGGAUGACGAUGAAGAGGAGGAGCUUGACAGCGAUGAAAUCCCCUCGGAUGGUGAAGAUGCUGUCAAGAAGAACUCCGCCAAAUCGACUGCAGCUCCCGCGGACGACGAAAGCUCGAGCGACGAGGCAGAGGUGAAUUUCCGGAUCGAAAAAGAUGCCAAUGGAAACGACCGCUACGUCUACGACGAAAUUAACCCGGAUGACAACUCUGACUACUCUGAUAUCGACGAGGACUCCAACACAAUCGGCAAUAUCCCGUUGUCCUUUUACGACCAGUACCCUCACAUCGGUUACGACAUUAAUGGAAAGAAGAUCAUGCGUCCCGCUACCGGGGAGGCGCUGGAUGCGCUGCUCGAUAGCAUCGAGAUCCCCAAGGGAUUCACUGGUCUCACCGAUCCUUCGACAGGCAAGCCCCUGGAGUUGAGCCAGGACGAGCUGGAAUUGCUGCGCAAGGUGCAGAUGAACGAGAUUCCGGAGGACGGCUACAACCCCUACGAGCCCUUGAUGGAGUGGUUCACCACGGAGAAGGAAGUCAUGCCCCUGAGCGCUGCUCCUGAGCCCAAGCGCCGCUUCCUGCCGUCCAAGCACGAGGCCAAGCGUGUCAUGAAGCUCGUCAAAGCCAUCAGAGAAGGUCGUAUCCUGCCUUACAAGCCCCCAUCAGAGCAAGAGGAGGAGGACAAGGAUCUCAUCAAAUAUGACCUGUGGGCGGACGAGGAGGAGCGGCCCGAUCAUAUCAUGCAUGUCCCCGCUCCGAAGCUUCCCCCGCCCGGCUACGAAGAGAGUUACCACCCCCCUGCGGAGUAUCUCCCCGAUCAGAAGGAGCGCAAGACCUGGGAGCAAGCAGACCCCGAAGACCGGGAGCGCGAGUAUCUUCCCACCGACUUUGGCUCUCUCCGCAAGGUUCCUGGGUAUGGCGAGUUCGUCAAGGAGAAAUUCGAGCGUUGCUUGGAUCUUUACUUGGCCCCCCGAGUUCGUCGCAGCAAGCUCAACAUCGAUCCCGAGAGUCUUCUCCCCAAGCUCCCCAGCCCCGAGGAGCUCAAACCCUUCCCGUCGAUGUGUGCUACUGUGUUCCGAGGACACAAGGGCCGUGUUCGCUCCAUUGCGGUCGACCCUACUGGCGUUUGGUUGGCGACUGCUGGCGAUGACGGCACUGUUCGUGUCUGGGAAUUGCUCACCGGUCGUCAGUUGUGGAGCGUUCAGCUGAGCGAGGAGGACGCCGUCAACGUCGUCCGCUGGAGACCCGGCAAGGAUGCCGUGGUCCUGGCCGCUGCGGCGGGCGACGACCUCUACCUCAUGGUGCCCUCCAUUCUCGACCCCGAGCUCGAGCAGGCCAGUCUGGAGCUCCUCGACGCUGGAUGGGGAUACGCCGCCUCGAAGCCUGCUCCCAGCGCCACCGAGGAAGGCAAGAAGACACCCCCGCAGUGGAUCCGCCCCUCGUCGGCCCUUACCGACUCCGGCGUGUGCGCGGUCAUCCCUCUCCGCUACGUGGCCAAGUCGAUCUCCUGGCACCGCCGCGGAGACUACUUCGUCACCGUGUGCCCCGGCGCCUCCACCCCGGCCUCCGUGGCCGUUGCCAUCCACACGGUCUCAAAGCACCUCACCCAAUACCCGUUCAGCCGGCGCAUCAAGGGCGGCGGCCCGCCGCAGACCGCGCACUUCCACCCCUCGAAGCCGAUCCUCUUCGUCGCCAACCAGCGCAGCGUCCGCGGGUACGAUCUCUCGCGCCAGCUGCUGGUCAAGAUCGUCCAGCCCGGCGCCCGCUGGAUCUCCUCGUUCGACAUCCACCCGACCUCCUCCACCGCCUCCGGCGGCGACAACCUCAUCGUGGGCUCCUACGACCGCCGCCUGCUGUGGCACGAUCUCGAGCUCUCGCAGCGGCCCUACAAGACCCUGCGCUACCACCGCAAGGCGAUCCGCGCCGUCAAGUUCCACCCCAGCGGCCGCUACCCGCUGUUCGCCGACGCCAGCGACGACGGCUCCCUCCAGAUCUUCCACGGCAGCGUCACGGGCGACAUGCUCAGCAACGCCAGCAUCGUCCCGCUCAAGGUCCUCAAGGGCCACAAGAUCACCGGCGAGCUGGGCGUGCUGGACAUCGACUGGCACCCCCGCGAGGCCUGGUGUGUCAGUGCCGGUGCCGACGGCACGUGUCGUUUGUGGAUGUAGUAGUAGCUCUCAUUUCAGCGCAUACUUUUGUGUUGUUAUCUCCUGUUUGCAGUUUCCAGAUCUACAUGAGAAAGGCGUUCUCGGUGUGUGUAUAUACAUUUUUUUUUUCUUUUUUUUUUUCCCUUUUUACUCUCUAUCUUUUCGAUAUCCAUUUAAAAAGUUUCCUUCG